UCUAGUGGAGAGUCUCCGAACAGCUCCGCUCUGUUAAUUAAACGCUAAUUGCCCCAGGUGUUGAGGGGUUGCAUUAGCUUUUCGUGUUGUCGUCGUUGUAUUAUUGCGAUUCUCCUCGCGUUUUUAAUAGCACAGCAGUGAACAUGUGUAAAAAGUAUAUAUUUAUUUUAAUACUCUCUCUUAACUGGACCGAAGCGGACCCUGAUGCUGAAGGGGAUAAUAACGUGAACGCUUCGGUGGAAACGAACUGCGUCUUUGGCAAAGGAUGUUACAACCAGGCUGGCAUGCGUGUGUUUUCUCCUAAGGAUAAGGAUAAGGAUGAGGAUGAGAGCCGGAUUAUAGGUGGGCAGGAGGCAUGGGCACAUUCAUGGCCAUGGCAGGUUUCCCUGCAGUACUCAGAUAUUCCAGCCUGCGGGGGGGCCCUCCUCGACCUGCGGUGGGUUGUUACGGCCAGCCACUGCUUCAGGCGUUAUAAUAAGGCGUCACUGUGGAAAUCUGUGGUUGGAAUGCAUGAUUUGGAGAAUCUGAAUGAAUCCUGCCGUCAAACCGAAUUGGUGGAAAAAAUCAUCUCUCACAAGGAGUACAACCAAAAGACAAAUGAGAAUGAUAUUGCCUUGGUGAAACUGCGGAGUCCCCUGCUGUUUAAUAACUGUGUGAGGCCUGUCGGCAUCUUAAACCUUGAUUUGUCCCCUCGUGAAACCUGCACCGUCACUGGCUGGGGCGCCAUCAGAGAGAAUGGGCCUCGUGCCUCCACACUUCAAGAGGUCAAUGUAACUAUUUUGGCGGUGGAAACAUGUAACAAAUAUUACAAAGGGAAAGUGUAUAAAAAUAUGUUGUGUACUGGAGCGGAUGCUGGCGGAAAGGAUGCAUGUCAGGGCGACUCUGGUGGGCCUCUCUCAUGUUUCACAGGUGAGAGGUACAAGCUUGCUGGAGUGGUCAGCUGGGGGGUUGGAUGUGGUCGGGCCCAAAAACCUGGGAUCUACACCAAUCUAUACAACUACAGACAAUGGAUCGAGUCUUCAAUGCAUGAUGAAGCCAUUUCCGAAAGCCCUGGCACCAGUUCAACUGUGCAGUGUGGUCAGGCCAAGGUGGAUCCCUGCCAACUGCCUGCUGGUUUGGCACAGCUGGUGUCCUCAAAGGACGGCACAUUCAAGGUGGAGAACGUGAGCGAGGCCUGUCCGAACUCCUGGCCGUGGCACGUCAGCCUCCAGAGCCACGAUACACAUUACUGUAGCGGCGUCCUCGUUCAUUCGCGCUGGGUUCUGGCACCGCGCCACUGCCUCACCAAGGCUGGAGAUGUUGCGGUCUUGGGAGCUCAUGACCUGAACUUCAUGUCGGGUCAGACUACAGCUGUGGAAAGCGUGCAGAGUUUGAAUUACACUGGCAGCUUCCCCCCACUCUCUGAUCUCUCCAUGAUCCGCUUAUCAGUCCCAGCUCGAAUUGGGCCGAUGAUAUUUCCAGUGUGCAUAACAGCUAAAGAUGAUGAAAUGGUUAAUGAAGACACCUCGUCUUGUGUGACAACUGGCUGGGGACCAAGAAAAACUACCUUGGAUCUGCAUCCUGAUAUCCUACAUAUGGCCAGAGUUAAGCCUCUUUCUGAGAAAGCCUGUAAGACUGACUGGGGCGACCGUUUCAGCAUGAAGUCCCUUCUGUGUACGGAUGCAGCAGCCUCCGCCUCCUGCUUGGGGGACUCUGGCGCACCCCUUAUGUGUGAAAGAAGUGGGGUCUACUACCUUGUAGGACUAACAACAUGGGGCGCCAAUAAAUGUGAACCUCGGAAACCGGCUGUGUUUACUCGAGUAUCGACCUAUCACUCAUGGAUACAAACUUGUAUCAAAAAUGCCUAAUAUCUAUAAUAAAGAUGUA